UUUACUCAUUUACUCCAUUUCCUUUUUUCUCGCUGUUAUGUUAGGACAAUCUAGACCUUUUAUUUUUAUUUAUAAAAUUUAGGAGUUUAGGAUAUUAAUUCUAAUACAUAUUAAUCGAAGAGGAGGAGAAGGCAAAGCUCUGGGUAUGGAUGAAUUGGAUUUGAUUGCAAAUAGUUUGUCUCAAUCUCAGUCUCAGAUCACAAACACACACACAACCACUCUGUGACAAAACAAACAAACAAACAAACAAACAGUUUUUUUUCUAAGAGGGUUUCUGAUCGCGAUGAUACCCAAGCGCAAGGAACGACUUCUCCACAACCUCUACGAAGCCACUCAGAUGCUUAUGGAACCGAAGAUCACACCAGUCCUGAGAGGGAGUUAUAGCAUGCAAGGUCCAUUCGACGACACUGAUCAUGAUGAUCAUCAUUCUCACAACAACACGGUGUCAUCUCGAUCUGAAAACAAAUUUAGUAAAUAUUACAUGAAUCAUAAAGUUCGUAUGAGAGGCGAAUCUGGGGCUUGUUGUAACGUGUGCGCUGCUCCCUGUUCAUCGUGUAUGCAUCUUAACCACGAUCUCAUGGCAUCAAAGACUGAUGAAUUUUCUGAUGAAACUUGUCGGGUAAAUGCAGCUAGUCAAUACUCUGUCAAUGGGGCCCGUGAUACUUCGUCUUCUUUUAAGAGCAAGCGACGCGAAAGUUUACAGAAUACAGCCAGUGAAACAAGUAACAUAAUGAGUGUUAGUUCCAAUCAUGAUUCUCUAUCUGAAAAUGCAGAUAGCAAAGCUUCCUUAAGAUCUUCUAAUGAUGCUUUAGAUAUGCAGCUGCUACCCUUGUCGUCUGGUGGAACUACGGGAGAGGUUGGACCUUCCCCUAAACCACUCUGUAAUUUGUAUCAAGGAGGUUCCCCUAAUAAGCACGAGGAUUCCAAAGUUUUAGAAGUCCAUGAUGAUGACAUUUCAUGUGUUAGUAGAGCCAAUGAUGCGAAUGUUGCAGUCGGCAAUAGUAGCAGGAAUAUAGACAGAACAAAUAUGUCAUGUAGUUCAGCUUCAGUUAGCAGUUUAGGUCCAGAAGAGUCCAGAAAAGGACAUGAAUCAAUAGCACGUGAUAUGCCUUCAAAGGAUGCAGAUGCUAGUAGUAGCUCACCUAAGGAAAAACUGUUUGAAAGCUCUCCUGAACAAAUUGGUGCCUCGUCAAAAGAAGUGGCAGCUGUUGAUGGUGCUUCUUGCCAGAAAUCUAUUGCGUGUACUUCUGAUGUGCCCAUGAAAUUUUCACCAAAGCUAGAAGCAGAGGUCAAUAAUGAUGGUCAGGGAUCAACUGGUGGCACUCCGAAAUGUUUUGGUCAAGCUGAGCAAGACGAGAAGUCAAGUAAGUUUGACGUACGAGAACCUCCUUCGCAAUCCAUGUCUGGGGAUGAAAGUGAUGAAUCAGACAUUGUGGAACAUGAUGUUAAAGUGUGUGAUAUUUGUGGGGAUGCUGGUCGUGAGGAUAUGCUUGCUACAUGUAGCAGGUGCAGUGACGGUGCAGAACAUACCUAUUGCAUGCGGAAGAUGCUAAGGAAGGUUCCUGGACGUAACUGGAUGUGCGAGGAAUGCAAGUUUGCUGAAGAAAUCAAUACCCAAAAGCAAGAAAAGGAGGGAAAAAGUACGAGUAAAGCCAGUUUAAGCACGCAAUUAUCCUCCAAGAGACUCGCAGAAAAUAUAGAAGCGGCUCCUGUUGCAAAAAGGCAGUCUCUUGAAACAAGUAUAGGAUCACCAAAGUCAUCCAGUCCUAUCAGAAUGGCUGCACUAUCGCGUGAGUCACCAUUCAAGAACUUAGAUAAGGAGAGGUCAAGGCCAGCACAGCCAAUAUCUGUAGGCAACCAAUCAACAAAUGAAAUGAUGGAAACUGCACGCUCCCCUGUAGCCGGUCCUCGGCUUCAUAACAAAGGAACACUGUUCAAGUCAAAUUCCUUUAGCGCCACAAAUUCUAAACCAAAAGUUAAACUUGUAGAUGAAGUUGUUCCUCAAAAGCAAAACGGAGGUAAAGAGUAUACAUCUCUUGACAGGAAGGAUAAGUCUGCGCGAAUAAUAGGAAAAUCCAUGUCUUUUAAAUCUGCAAACUCAGGUCGGUCGAGUUCCUCCGAUUCAAAAGUUAAAAUGCUUUCGCCUAGGUUGGCCCUCGCUAUUGAUACAAAAGGAUCAAAACAAGCGAAAGAACGGAUGGCAUUUGAGAGGAAAAGUUUGUCUAGGCUAGAUCGCCCCCCAAUUAAUUCAACAACUAGUUCUUCUGUUUCGACGCCUAAGGCUGACCAAACAUCUCGUGUUGAAUCCAGUUCGUUUGUAAGCAACAACCGAGAAUUAAAGGUUCAAUCUGAAGGAAAAUCUAGCACAUCAAAAUCAACUGUGAACCUAUCUCGUAAACCUGUCGAAAUUCCCAUUACUGCAGCUGGCGUUUCAUCGGCUAGUGGAAUGUGUAACACUGCUAUUGAGCAUAAGUCAAAUCCUGCUGUCUUUAAAGAUGAAGCCUUAUCUACUGAUUCUUUCACUACCGAGAAACCAUCUAAUAAUAUUGAUGGAACUAUGCAAGAUGGGACUCGAUGGCAAGAAAUAAUGCAUCAGACUGAGAAAAUGAAGGAGUGCUCUUCUCGCUCAAGGCCAACUGUUACAACUAGUUCUAGAAGUACAUUCUGUCAAAAAUGUAAAGAAAUCGGCCACUCUGCUGACUUUUGCACGAUCAGCAGUUCAGAGACAUCUGGUAUUGAUGCAUCUGCUGCUAGAGGUUCUAGGGAGGAGACACACAGAGGCAGUAAAUUGAAAGAUGCGAUUCAUGCAGCUUUGCUGAGAAAACCUGAAAUACAGAGGAAGAAAAGAGCACUUGAUCAGUCUGAUGAGUUUUCCACAUCAAGCAGAGACUUGAGUUCAGAAAUAACUUGCCUAGACCAAGCUUCAAAUAAGUCAAAAAUUAUUUCGCCUUCUGAAGUCACACAUGAAGAGCCGCAAUCCACCUUGGACUCCAUGCAUACAACCAUCAACAACACAAUGCAACAUACUGCAUUCACCACCAAUGCUAAGUUUUCUUCAAAAACGGGGGACUUAGAUGCAUUAGUUUCUUCCACUGUAAAACCUGUGGUGAAAGAUCUCAUAAAUCAUGCUUUGGCCACAUCACCUCAACUUUUGAAGAUGUCAGCCAUUCCGGAAUACGAAUACAUCUGGCGGGGUACUUUUGAAGUCCAUAGAAGUGGCAGCUUUUUCGAUUUAUGUGCAGGGAUUCAGGCGCAUCUAUCAACUUGUGCAUCACCAAGAGUUCCUGAAGUGGUGUGCAAAUUUCCACACAAACUUUCCCUGAUCGAAGUACCUCGCUUGAGUGCAUGGCCCACACAGUUUUGUGACGGUGGUGCCAAAGAAGAUAACAUCGCUCUUUACUUCUUUGCUAAAGAUCUUGAGAGUUAUGAGAGAAAUUAUAAGAGCUUGUUGGAUGGUAUGAUCAAGAAUGAUUUAGCUCUCAAAGGAAAUAUUGAGGGUGUUGAACUUCUUAUAUUCCCUUCCAAUCAGCUUCCAGAGAAUUCCCAGCGUUGGAAUAUGUUGUUCUUCUUAUGGGGUGUGUUCAGAGCGAGGAGGACACAUUGUUCUGAUUCAUUCAAGAAGUUGCAUAUUCCCAGUAACAUUAUGACGUCUGUGGACAAGAAUGCCUCUAAUACUGUCAUGACGUCGGAAAACCUGUGUUCAGCCAAGUGUUUGGACACAGAGUCUCAUGAUGAAAGAUCAUGUAAUGCAAUUGUAGCUCCGAGUGCAGAUGAUCAGAAAUUUGACGGAAUAAGUGGAGAUUGCAAUGACCAAAAACUUUCUGAAUCAUUGCGUCCUGGUUUAACAGCAAACUCAGCGUGGCAUGAUAGUAGUUGCAACUCCAAAUGCACAAGCGACAUGAGCUUAUCUGAAAAGAUGAGAUGCACUAGCCCCUCUUUGCAAGAAAAGAGUCCCCCAGUGCACGGGCUGCCUGCAGAGCUGAAUUCAUCUUCAGAAUCUGCUGGAGCAAACAGCGAUAUAGGUGAGAAGAGGCAAUUGCAUUACGAUACCUCUAUAGGUAGGAAAGAUCUUUCGUCCUUGAAGGUUCUUCCAUAUUCCAGUGAAGAUUUGGAUGUCAGAGGAAUAGUUUCUGAAGAGAAAAUUAUUGAUGCACGAGUCGGUGUCACUGAAAGUGUCACUGAAAGUUUCACUGAAAGUUUCAGAGAUAAUAGGGCUUCGGAUGAAAAUGACAAAAGCAGGGAUCAAUAUAAACAUGAGAGGGAUUUGAACCCCGGAGGGAUUGAGCGUUGUCAGUCUACCGAGAGGAAACGACCCCACAUAGCACUUUCGAAUGGAGACUCUCCAGCCUCAAAUGUGAUAGCUCGGAACAUUCCAUGGAAUGGACUUAAUAAUAUGGUAGUAGAUGGACAAAAUGUUGGAAAGAAGCAGAAGAUUGGUCAGGGUGACAUGUAUGGAGGUAGCAGCUACAAUUGUAGAACUUCUCUUGGUGGCAUUGAACCGAAACAAACGGAUGUGAGUCCGUGCUUGACGGUUGAGGAGAAGAUAUGUUUCAAAGCGUGCGAAGAGAAAGUUAUUCUAGAGGACUUAGGAACCACCGCCGAAAGGCGCUUCUUUCCUGUUGAUUCUCGUCAAGGUAACAUUAGCUCUACACCACCGUGGAAAACCUUGCCUGCUGGAGGAGUAGAUGACGACCGGCUUCUUGAUGGGUCUCCAAAUCUGGAACUUGCCUUAGGGGCAGAGACUAAGAAACAACAAAGUAAGGGAAUCCUGCCUUUCCUUGUUGGGUUAGCGGACAAGAAAAAUAACCAGGAGAAGCCUCUAGAUAAAGCAGUAGAUGAUAAACAGGAUGAUGAUGAUGAUUCCGCUUCCCUUUCACUCUCACUUUCGUUCCCGCCAUUCCCGGGAAACGAUGAACCCGUUAAACCUGCUUUGAAAUCGGAGCAGCUCCGGCCAGAAAGGCACCGUGUGAAUACGUCACUCCUCCUUUUUGGGAGCUUGUCAGACAAAUAUAGGGAGGACCAAACUUAAAAACUCGUGCUUUGCUUUAUUAUGUACAUUGCCAUGCUUCACAUGAUGACCUUUGUCUUGGGCGUUUAUAGGAGGUCCCAGUUUCCAUCUGUUCAUAUCCCAUACAAAAUUUACUAAUAAUUUUUCUUUA